AUGGUGUCCCUGUCUCCACAAGUGGUUUCCCCGGCCCUGUCCACGUCGUCGUACGACUACAUCUCCGCUAAAUCCACAUCCGACGCCAUGAGCCCCUCCUAUAGGGCUCUCAGCGACGCCGCCUCUUCGGACGGCGACGAGAUCGUGUGGUCCGUCUCCGACCUCUCUCUGUCGAGGACUUCUAUCUCCGGAGUUCUUUCCCAAGGCGAGAGGAGAUCCCGCUCGCCCACCACCGUAUCUGAGGAGGAUUUCAUCGUCCUCAGCAGAACGAUGUCGCCCGCGCGAUUGAACGCGGUCACCACCUCGUCGCGGAAACUUCAUUCGGACGCCAUGCAGGCUCUAGAGAGAGAGAUUACUGCGGCGAUAUCUGCCUUAACGCUUGCUCAGCCGAGUCCUCAAACCGCCCCGCCCAGUCGACCCACCAGAUUUGACAUCCGACGUGCGGUGGGCAUCUCCUCUGAAACCACCUCAUCCGUACGCCUACCGUCGCCGAAGAAGGGGAAGAAGAAGGGGAAGGAGAUUGCGGUAGGUGGUGUCAAUGCCAGUCGAGCGAAAGGGGAGAAGAAGGAGAAGAAGGUCAAGGCUCUGGCAUCUCCGUCCCCCGCAGCCAGCUCGGCUGCCUCGUCUCCUAAGACAAAGGCAGUGGGAGGGACGCCGGCACCCUCCUCACCGUCGAAGAAGGGAGCAUCUCCACCGGCAACGAGCCCUCCCGUCUCACCUUCGAAGAAAUCAAAGGCAAAGCGGGUUACUGGACCAACGAGCACCAAUCUCCUCGUACCCACUACGUCCUCUGGACUUGGAGAAAGGGCGAUCGUCGACGAUGUCUCUGAGGCGGGGGACAACACUGCUAGUGAUGCCCUGUAUCAUGAUGCUGUUGAGUAUAUCUCGACUUUCUUAUCACAGCCUGGGAUCAAGUCUGGGUCCAAUCUCAAGCUCCUUCAGGCAUUGAUUAUCGAGCUUGGACUCUCGUCGCUGCCUUCCCUCCCGCAUUCCCUUCGCGCGGCCAAGGCAUUCCUCAAGUCGCACGUAUUCCUGAACGUCCGCGAUUAUCUUGCCGUGCGGGGACAGGGUCUUGACGCUCUCCGCCGAGUCAUGCAUCCCAAUCGCAGCUCCCUCAUGCGCGAGAUCAGGUCCGGAAAACGUGUGCCGGUCAAACAUGUCAAGGAUUCCGGUCUGAAUGUUCUUCUUAUUACUUGUCACUAA